AUAAUGGUAUUCUAGUAGCGUUCGACCACAUUAACAAAUGUCCCAUACAAAAUGAUAACAAUUCCCUUUUGUUAGUUCAACAUUAACUACCGACUAACUGAUACGUUUAGUGCGCCUUUUUAAUGUUGAUAUAAAUAGGUAGUUGGUUAAUUAGAGUUUAGUUUUGGUGGCGAAUUAAGAAAUGGCUAUACAAAUAUAUUUAGUGGCAGUGAUUGUCUUGAUCAGUGGAAGUGCAGCCAAAAUUGUGAAUAAAUUUAAAUGUCCUGAGGUCAGGGCUGUCCCACACUUCGAUUUGCAACAGAUGCUCGGUGACUGGUAUGUGGUGGAGUACUAUGCAAGCGCAGAGGAAGCCCUAUCAUACAGCUGUAUGAAAUCAGUGUUCGCGCAAGACGACCAUGUGCCCGCUGCAGAUGGUGGGUGGACGCCGGGUGUAACAAUGAACUUCACUUACCGAUUCGCGGACGACCCUCUGGGGGAGAAUCUCUUCGGCAACAUCACUUGGCGCGUCGACCUCAACCAACCAGCCCAUUGGACACAUGCCGAGAGCACCUAUGACGGCAUCUACAACACGUACGUGCUAGACACGGAGUACAAGACCUGGUCGCUGCUGCUGCACUGCGCGGAGCCCAAGGACAAGGCCCGGUAUCUGAGCGCUUUCAUCCUGUCUCGCAACACAACGCUCCCCAAGAACGUAAUGGCGUAUCUCAGGGACAAGUUACCGAGAUACGACAUCGACAUGAACUACGUAUUCGCGAUCCCGCACGACGACUGCAAGGACAAGCCGGCACGUGCCGACUACUCGCCAGUGCUCGUGCCGGUCGACUCCAAGAAACCGCAGAAACCCGGCCUCGCCUACAAUGUAGCAGAGGAUAAUUAAAAUUCUGAAUGCACACAAUGUGCCCGCCAUUGGUCAAAUACCUACAGAAAUGCUUUGACAUCUUACACCAAGAUAACCUAUACAUAUACCCAUAUCCCAUAUACCCAUAGUGUUUGAAAUGGCGAGGAAAGAGUUAGAAAAUAAAAUAAUUACGUAAUAUUAUUAUAUUUUAAUGUGAUAUUUAAAUUGUUAUUUAAAUAUGUAAUGUCAUUAUUGCGAAGCUGUAACUGUCGAAUGUAAAAAAUCUAGUAAUUCUACCAAAAUUAUUUAUAUUAAUUUUUAAUAAAAUAUCGUAUUUUAUAAUAAUAAAAUAUUUUUUGUAAACAUC